GGAUUUCGCAGAUCCUACGACGAUGGCCAAGGAGACGGCGAAGACGACGAAGACGCCCAAGGUCGAGGACCAGGAGCACGUUCCGCUGGUCGCGGCCUUCCUCUGCUACUUCAACUUUGCGAUCCUCAUCACCUUUGGCCGGCUGCGCGACUUUGUCGGCUCGUGGAUCGGCUACUCGCGCUACCAGUCGGCCGAGGACCGCCGACCGGGCGUCGCCGACAUGUUUAUUGCGUGGGAAAACUUUUACACGAACCGGAUUUACCACCGCGUCCAAGACGUCUUCAACCGACCGGUGUCGUCGGCGCCGGGCGCGCGCAUCGACGUCAUCAAGCGCGUCUCGCACGACGGCAACAAGUCGAUGACGUGGACGCACGAGACGCAAAACUGCCUCAACCUCGGCUCGUACAACUACCUCGGCUUUGCCGACGACUGGAUGGGCACGUGCGCGCGCAUGGUGCUGCCGGUCGUCGACGCGCGCAACGUGUGCAGCAAUGCGCCGUCGGGCGAGUAUGGCACGACGCCCGAACACGAAGAGCUCGAGACGCUCGUCGCCGAGUUCAUCGGCAAGCCCGCGGCCAUUGUCUACAACAUGGGCUACGGCACGAACGCUGCCUCGAUUCCCGCGCUCAUGGGCCAAGGCACGCUCAUCAUCUCGGACGCACUCAACCACACGUCGAUCGUCAACGGCGCGCGUGCCUCUGGUGCGACGGUCGCUGUCUUCAAGCACAACAAUGCGGCGCAUCUCGAGGUCAUGCUGCGCACCAAGAUCGCCGAGGGCCAGCCGCGCACGCACCGCCCGUGGAAAAAGAUCUUUGUGAUUGUCGAAGGCAUCUACUCGAUGGAAGGCGAGAUCUGCAACCUCCGUGCGAUCGUCGACGUGGCCAAGAAGUACCGCGCCUACAUGUACGUCGACGAAGCCCACUCGAUUGGCGCGCUCGGCGCGACCGGGCGCGGUGUCUGCGAGUACACGGGCGUGGACCCGAGCGAGAUUGACAUUCUCAUGGGCACCUUCACCAAGUCGUUCGGCGGCAUGGGCGGCUACAUUGCCGCCUCGAAAGAAAUCAUCCACGUGCUCAAGACGGCGAGCGCCGGCCACACGCUCGGCACGAGCCUCUCGCCGGUCAUCACCGCGCAGGUGCUCGCGGCGUUCAAGGUCAUCAUGGGCCGCGACGGCACGACCAUUGGCGCGACCAAGCUCCAGGCGCUCCGCGACAACAGCAACUACCUGCGCCAGGGCCUCAAGGACAUUGGUGUCGUGACGCUCGGUCAGUUUGACUCGCCCGUCAUCCCCGUCAUGCUCUACUCGAUCUCCAAGAUUGCCGAGUUUUCCCGUCAGUGCCUCAAGCGCGACAUGGCGGUCGUCACGGUCGGCUUCCCCGCGACGCCGCUCCUCCUCGGCCGCGUCCGGUUCUGCGUCUCGGCCGCGCACACUAAGUCGGACCUCGAACUCGCGCUGAAGAACCUCGCGGCCGUCUCGUCGACGGUGCACAUUCGCUUUGAAAAGCAUCUCUUUGGCUAAUCUCUACGACUUCUCCCAAUGCUCUAUUUUAACAAAGUGUCCAAACCGCAUGAACCCAACGAAGACUACCAUAUU